CAUGUAUUGAGCACUUAUGCAAAUCGACUGAGUCUACCGUCGGGUCCAAUAGGUGUACCACUGGUCGGAUACCUGCCAUUCCUCGGACGACAACCGCAUAGAGAUAUCGCAAAAUUGAGUGAAAAAUACGGAAACGCAGUAAAGGAUGCCUUUCAAAAGGACGCCUUCUUAGACCGACCCAAAGACAGUCCAUUUGUUAUCGUAGACGUCGAUAGCAGCUUUGGCGAUGAUAAUGGGCUCUUAUGGAAAGAGCACCGGAGGUUUGCGUUACAAGCGAUGCGAGACUUAGGGUUUGGAAAGGGAAGUAUGGAGGAUAGGAUUGGCGAUGAGAUCUCACAUUUCACUAAACUUAUUGAUGAAACCAAUGGCCAGGGAUUCAAUUUCCAUAAAAUUCUGACUCCGAGUAUGUCUAACAAUAUCUGUCAUCUGGUAUUUGGACACCGGAUGGACUUCAAUGAUCCCAAACGUAUUAUAUUUGAUAAUAUGUUGGAUACACUCGCGAAACAGUUCUCAAUGCUCGGAGUUUUUAAGGAAAUAGAGUCACACCAGAAGACUUUGGAUCCAAACAAUAAUCGUGAUUAUAUCGACGGAUUCCUCAAUGAAAUGAAAAUCAGACAACAAAAGGAUCCCAACACUAGUUUCACGAUUAAUAAAUUAUCAGCGAAUAGCAGAGCCUUCUUUGGUGCGGGCAGUGAAACAGUGCGGACAACAGUCGAGUGGUUAGUAUUAUUGGCCGUAAAACACAAAGACAUUCAAAAGAGAUUACACGAAGAGAUCGAUGAUGUGAUCGGUAGAGACCGGAGCCCCACGUGGGCUGACAGGCUUGAUAUGCCUUAUAUUCAAGCAUUCAUUAAUGAAGUGUUUCGUUGGAAAACUAUUGCACCAUUAAAUUUAAUGAGAAGCGCUUCUGAAGAUGCAUAUAUUUUGGGUCAUUUCAUACCCAAAAACACCCGAAUAAUGGCUAAUAUAUGGGCUGUCCAUUACGACCCUAAAGUAUGGGACAACCCUGAUCAAUUCAAUCCCAAUCGAUUUUUAACACCUGAUGGCAAACAUUUGAUUAAAACCGAAGCUUUGAUACCAUUUUCUUACGGUAAACGCAAUUGUGUUGGCGAGACAUUAGCACGAGUGGAGGUAUUCCUGUAUUUCGUAUCACUUUUACAAAGAUAUACAAUAAGUGCCGAAAACGAAGAGAUGUUGUCAUUAGACGAUAGAUUUGGGCUAACAUUACAACCGAAGGAAUCGUUUAUUCUUAGACCUAAAGUUCUGUUCAUACAUUAUAAUAUCAACCUUAAUGCUACAGUGAAACCUCAAAAUAAGAUUCAGUUUAAAAUUACUUAUAAGGAACGCCUGAGUCUACCGUCGGGUCCAAUAGGUGUACCACUGGUCGGAUACCUGCCAUUCCUCGGACGUGAACCACAUAAAGAUAUCGCAAAAUUGAGCGAUAAAUACGGAGGAGUUUUUACAUUACAAUUAGGAGUUUAUAACACAGUUAUAGUGAAUGAUUGGGAGUCAGCAAAAGAUGCUCUUUUAAAGGAUUCUUUCUUAGACCGACCAAAAAACGGUCCGUUCACUCUCGCAGACAACUCUAUCAGUCUCAUUGACGAUAGCGGACAAGAAUGGAGAGAUCACCGGAGGUUUGCGUUACAAACACUUCGAGACUUAGGGUUUGGAAAGGGAAGUAUGGAGGAUAGGAUUGGCGAUGAGAUUUCAUACCUCAUUAAACUUAUCGAUGAAACCAAUGGCCAGGGAUUCAAUUUCCAUAAACUAUUGGUCCCGAGUAUGUCUAAUAAUAUCUCUCAUCUGGUAUUUGGACACCGGAUGGACUUCAAUGAUCCCAAACGUAUUAUAUUUGACGAUUUGUUGGAUACCGCGGGUCCAUUUAAGGAAAUAGAGUCACACCAGAAGACAAUGGAUCCAAAUAAUAAACGUGAUUAUAUGGACGGAUUCCUCAAUGAAAUGCAAAAGAAACAACACACUGACUCCAACUCUAUUGAAAAGUUAUCGACAAACAGCCGAACAUUUUUUGGUGCGGGCAGUGAAACAGUGCGGACAACAGUCGAGUGGUUAGUAUUAUUGGCCGUAAAACACAAAGACAUUCAAAAGAGAUUACACGAAGAGAUCGAUGAUGUGAUCGGUAGAGACCGGAGCCCCACGUGGGCUGACAGACUUGAUAUGCCUUAUAUUCAGGCUUUUACUAAUGAAGUGUUUCGUUGGAAAAAUAUUUUACCGCUAAAUGUUUUACGAAGCGCUUCUGAAGACUCGUAUAUUUUGGGACAUUUUAUACCAAAAGAUACCCGAAUUUUAAUCAACUUAUGGGCUGUUCACCAUGAUCCCAAAUUCAAU